AUGGUUGCCUUGUCGCGCACCCUCGCAUCGGCUCUUGCUAGACGCUCGUUCAACACUUUACCUGCUACCUCGCAGGCUGUCAACAGCGCCAUGCGCCUUACUCCUACCCAGGACAAUGGCAAUGCUAUUCAGAUGCGCAACAACCACACGACCGCCAUUCCCGAUUUCUCAAAGUACAAAAAGAACAACACCAGUGGAGACGCUAGCCGUUCGUUUGCGUAUAUGAUGGUCGGUACCACCGGUCUUGUUAGUGCUGCUGGUGCUCAGGCUACUGUCAGUGACUUUUUGGCCAACAUGUCGGCUUCGGCUGAUGUCCUUGCUUUGGCCAAGGCCGAGGUUGACUUGAAUGCUAUUCCCGAGGGCAAGAACGUCACCAUCAAGUGGAGAGGCAAGCCUGUCUUUAUUCGUCACCGUACCGCCGAUGAGAUUGCUGAAGCCAACGAUAUCAACGUCCAAGACCUUCGUGACCCUCAAACUGAUGCUGAUCGUGUCAAGCGUCCCGAAUGGUUGGUCAUGUUGGGCGUUUGCACUCACUUGGGUUGUGUUCCUAUUGGUGAAGCUGGUGAUUAUGGUGGUUGGUAUUGCCCUUGCCACGGUUCUCAUUAUGAUAUCUCUGGUCGUAUCCGUAAGGGCCCUGCUCCUCUCAACCUCGAGGUUCCUGAAUACUCUUUCCAAGAAGAUAAGCUUAUCAUUGGUUAA